AUGUCAUCCCAACAACCUCUGCCCAUCGUCAUCUGGGUGCACCCGCGCUCGUGCUCCACCGCCUUUGAGCGCUCGCUCAUGCAGCGACCCGACACGGUCGUCUUCCACGAGCCCAUCGGUGACCCUUUCUACCUCGGCAGGGACCGCCCCUGCCGUCGAUUCGACGACGAACAUGCCAAGGCAUCGGGCAACUACGACUUGACCGUCACCCAGGUGCUGGAAAAGGUGCUCAACCCGACCAAGGAGGAUCUCGCCAAGAACAAGUCGUGGCCGCCCAAGUACAUUUUCCUCAAGGACAUGGGGCAGUGCUUGUUCCCCGCCGACCUGCUUCACCAGCUGCACCCCGAUUCCAAGGUGUUCCCCGCCCCGGCCAACGCGAGCAGUUCCAAGCCAUUUGACAUCAACGCGCCCGUCAUCGAGAACCCCACCACGGUGCCCACAUCCGUUCUCAAACGAUUCAGACACUCGUUCCUCAUCCGCACCCCCGAAAAGUCCAUCCCGAGCUACUGGAAGUGCGUCCAGGAGGGCGCUUCCGGCUGGGAGUUCUGGGACCAAGCCGAUGCCGGCUACGUCGAACUCAAGAUCCUCUACGACUGGAUCUCUAACCCGAACUCGACGUUCAACACCGAGUCCGGCGACGAACACGCCGUGGAGCAACCGCAGCCCCCACCCCUCCUCGAUGCCUCGACGCUGCUCGCACACCCGGACCACGCCAUCAAGAGCUAUUGCGAGGCUAUGGGCAUUCCCUUUGCACCAGAGAUGCUCAGCUGGGACUCGGGUCCCGUCGACGAGUGGGCCAAGUGGGGUGGCUACCACAACGCAGCCGAGAACUCGACCGGGUUCAAGAAGGAUGCUCCCGCUGCCGCCGACAAGCCCAAGCCCAAGAUUGCCGAGCAUCUCCAGGGCGCCGUCGACGCGUGCAACGGCCCGUACCGGUACUUGCUCUCGAAAGCGACCAUUCGUUCGCCCUGA